CGCAACCCACGCCAACGCAAGCGAGAACCGGAGUUGAGAGACUCAGAGAGCACAGCGCGGCGCGCCACCAUCCACCACCGCCCACAGAGCAGCGGCCCCAGUUCCCCACCGACGUCCGCCAUCCGAUUCCGGACCUUAAGUCCAUAUUCCGCCCGAAAUAGCAUCCAAAGCGAGAGUGUGGACUUGAAGGGCAAGCUGUAGGGAAAUGGCUUUUAGGGUAGCCGCACUAAGGAGCUGCUGGGGCAACGGGAAAAACGUGGGACCCACAUCCGGCUUCCAUAAGUUUGCCCACGCCAUUGCACAACCAGCUCCAAUGGACUGCAUCAUCUUCGGCAAUCCCAUAGCGCCACCAGUAAUGGCCCUGCCUGAAAAUCAGGAAAGGAUUGAAGGGAACAUUGGUUACGGAUUCCAAGAUAUCACUUUCUUCAACGGGUCUAUGGAACUAAUGGCCGUCCCUAAAAAGAAGGUUUCUCGUCACAAGAGGGGGAUACGAAAUGGACCAAAGGCAUUGAAACCACAACCUGUGAUAAUCCGUUGCACGGUUUGUGGCAGAGUGAAAUUACCACACUUCUUCUGUUGCGGCGGGAUUCGGCAAGAGCCAGGGCAGUAGAGGGAGAGGAUGAUGAAAUGAAGAAGUAGAUAUGCACUUUUCAUUGCUGAACUUGCACUUUGAUUGAACCAUUAGCAGACAGUUCAAAGUCUGAUUUUUUUUUUUAAAUAUUAAAAAUCCACUUUUUCUUUGAAGAUUUGCCAGUGGUGUUGUGUUUAAAUGGUUUGUUUAGUCGAAAAAUCUUCAAAGGAUUAGCUUUGUUUGACUUAUCAUAAUGUAAAACAGGUUACAUAUUUGCAAGACCAUCAUAGUCACUUGGGAAAAUCAAUACUCAUUACUCAG